CCACAUCAAGAGCAUGGCAAUAGGACAAUAUUACACGUCAUGCACAUCAUCAUUAUAAAAUCUCAUUAAUUAUUUCUAGUGUGAAUAAUAAAUUUAAAUCACAAGUUUAGCAAUAAAUUACCAGCAACAAAAUAAUGGAGGCGCUUUAUCAUCAAACAAAUAAAUUAGUACAAGAAACCCAGCAUCUUUUCACGCAGCUGGACAGACCUUUGCCCAAUGUUGAUGUAAAUACUAUUGAAAGCGACAUACUCGCUAAAAUAAAUUUAAUAAACAGCAAUUGUGAAAAAUUGGAUGUGCUAUGUCUGAAAGGGCCAAUCACACAAAGGCAGAAUGCAAAAAUGCGUGUAGAUCAAUUAAAAUAUGACAGUAGGCAUUUAAAUGCUGCUUUAAAUUCAUGGAAAAAUCAACAGUACCGGCGCAAACAGGAAGAAGAAGAAAGAGAGGCACUUUUAUCACGUCAGUUUACAACAAAUGAUCAUAUUGACAUCAUGAUUGAUCAUACUAUUCAACAUAAUAAUCAAGUUAGAAAUGCCAAUGAUGGUAUCGAUAAUUUACUACAACAUGGUUCGGGUAUUUUAGAAAAUUUAAGGUCACAAAGAAUGACAUUGAAAGGCGCUCAUAGACGUCUAAUAGAUAUUGGCAAUACUUUAGGAUUAUCGAAUACGACGAUGCGAUUAAUUGAAAAUCGUGCUCGUCAAGAUGGUUUUAUCUUAGUCGGUGGUAUCGUUAUUACAUGUUUAAUUAUGACACUUGUUGUGAUAUAUAUGACAUGAAAUUUAACUUAUAAAUUAUUAUUAUUAUUAUUAUUUAUGUAUAUUAUUGACAUUCCUUAAUUAAAUUAUAAUCUUUGUACAUAUUGCAAUAAAAACAAAUAAAUGUAAAUUUAAAAUGA